AUGUCGAUGCGCCCUUCCCUCUUCACGCGCGGCCUCUCGGGGCUAUCGCAGUCCUCCGACCCUAACUCACCCAUGAGCGGCGUGUCGUCGCCCGCCGAGCAGCGCAACGACGCCAAGCACAACUUCCUCAAGGCAAUGCGCCCACUACCCACCCAGCACUACUGGAAUGUGUGGUUCGAUCGGCAGCAGAGCAAAGACCAGCAGCAGCAACAGCAGGCGGGCGACGGCAACAAUGGGGAAUAUCAUGCGGAGCUGGAGCAGCUGGGCGCGCCGAUUGAGAGCGUGCAGGACUUUUGGCGGUACAACAACAAUACGCCGGUAGACCAGAUCAAGAUGCGUGAGAGCAUCUACCUGUUCAAGGCCGGGUUCAAGCCCAUCUGGGAGGACCGCCGGAACGUUCUGGGCGGCAGCUGGACCUUCCGCGUGCCCAAGAGCAACGGGCCGGACGUGUGGAACCGGGUACAGUUGUUGGCUAUCGGGGAAAAGCUGCAGAGCGUGUUGGAAGAGGGCGACCAAAUCUGUGGCGUCGGCCUCUCGGUCCGCUUCAACUCGCACCUCAUCUCCAUCUGGCACCGUGACGCGUCCCGCAAGGCAUCUAUCGACGCUAUCGUGCAAUGUGUGCUCGAAGAGCUCCCCGCCGAACUUCGUCCGAAGCCGGACAACUACUUUUAUAAGAAGCACUCGGACCACGCCGGGUUCAAGGUCCCGCCCGAGCUGCAGGCCGUGAUUGACUCGCAGCGCGCGCGGGAGGCCGCCGCGGCUAAGGCGGCAGAGGAACCAACAACUGGCUCCAAGCAAGGGCAAGCGCCCGAGAUCGUGGAGGUACCGCCUACGGAAGACCAAUGA